ACAGCACAAAAAAUAAAGUUGUCAACAUCGCUCCUCUCAUUCUUCCCCCCAAAGAAAACAUGGCUCCUCUCCCGCCAGUGUAAGCUAGAUUAUUAGUUUUUUAGUGAGGUGCUGCUGAAAUCCCUAAUUCGACUUUCCACUUGAUUACGAUCCCUUCACCCUUCUUAGGAUGGCAAAUGCUGCAGAAGAUUUCUCCCAAUUCGGGAUUUCAAAGGAGGAAAAGGAUAAGCUUGUUGGGGAAUUGAUUAGGUACAUGCUUUUCAAAACCCAUCAAAAUUCAGGGUGCCCCAUUAAGAGAGAGGAACUCACUCAACUUGUUACGAAGAACUAUCAUCAGCGUAACCUUCCUACCUUUGUGAUCAAUGAGGCUAAGGAGAAGCUUUCCUUUGUAUUUGGCUAUGAAAUGAGGGAGCUUCAAAGGGCCCACCCUUCUUCCAAAGCCCAGACACGGUCCUCCCAACAAAGUGUUGCGGAUUCGAAAUCAUAUAUUCUCAUAAGUCAACUUCCUCCUAAUGUAUAUGAAAAAUAUGUUGUGGAUGUUAAUACUGCGCAUCUAUCCGGAUUCACUUUUGUGAUAAUUAGUAUUGUAUAUCUUGCUGGUGGCAAAAUUCCAGAAGAAAAUCUAUGGAGCCAAAUGAGGAGGAUGGGUUUGGGUGAAACUGAGGCAAGUCAUCCAGUCCUUGGAAAUGUUAAGCAAGCAUUGGAACUUCUUGUUCAGCAAAGGUAUUUACAGAAAGACAAAGUUAAUGGUCCUGAAGGCAAUACCGUAUAUUAUGAGCUUGCCGAGAGAGCUUUAGAUGGACCCAUGAACGACAGGGUUAAGGAAUAUAUCUCUCAGAUUGUGCAGGACAACACUUCAGUGGGUGCUGCCUAAGAGUUGCUAGCUCGUCAGUGUCUAAUAGAGAUACUAACGUGGUUCCAUUUGAUUACUGAAUUUAAGCCCUAGAUUCUUCAAGAAUCUCAAUCUAAAUUUUGUCUUCAGCGAAUUCUGCUGAUUGGAUGUAUGAAUGUUUUCAAAGGUUUGUUCAGAUUUGCCAAAGUUAUGUAAAUUUGAAUUUGAGUUGUGUACUGUAUAUAGUUAAGGUCAAGUUCAAUUUUAUGUUAUGUAUCUGUCAGAAAGCAACUAAUACUUUUUAGUUUAGAUGUUUGGAAAUUCUUGCAGAUGACAAACCAAAUGAACGAAAUCGAGUUUCAACUUGA